UGUAGUACAUCAGCGCAGCGCCACCUCGAGGCGAAGGAAGAGAAGCGCUCGAGGACCAGGGCUGGGCAGGCAUCAGGCUCCCUCACUGUAUGUCACCGCACCGUGCAUCAAAAUAUUUACAGGAUACAAAUCGGAUGCUGAAUACUCCGUACCUGACAUAGGUUGGCUGUUAUGACUGGUUGUUCUAACUAACUGAUACUGACCGUGGGCUCUAUUCAAUCUGUAUCGCUGAAGUGUUACAGAUUGCGUGAUCGAAAUGUAAAGGGUGUCAUAGGGGUUAAAGGUGAGCAGGUGUGGCAGUGGGCGUGGCAGAGAUGAGUGUCUCUUCCUGGUUCCUGGUGAGUGGCGGUGGCAUGAGGCACCGCCUCCCCUGGGAGAUGAUCUUUGUUGGUCGGGACGACUGUGAACUCAUGUUACAGUCCCGCAGUGUGGACAAACAGCAUGCCGUUAUCAACUAUGAGCCAACCACGGACGAACAUAAAGUCAAGGACCUGGGGAGCCUGAAUGGGACAUUUGUGAAUGAUGUCAGAAUACAGGAGCAGGUGUAUAUCACUUUGAAAAUUGACGACAAGUUGAGGUUUGGAUAUGAUACCAACCUGUUCACUGUGGUGCGAGGAGAGCUCCAUGUCCCCGAGGAAGCACUAAAGCAUGAGAAGUUUAAUAGUCAGCUCCUGCUGCAGACGGUAAAGCCUCCAGAAGUUGUUCCGGUACCAUCCAGACCUGCAGUAGAGGUCAAGGCUGCAGCUGAGGGUGGUUCCGAGGGUGGCUCCGACGGGGCGGUGGCAGUGGGUAGUAAACCCCCUGAGACCAGCAGAGAGGGGGCCGGGGAUGACAAGCUGACAGGGGACAUUGCAGUACUAAAAAGGGGCACCCCUCUGUACGGCCAGCCUUCCUGGUGGGGGGACGGGGACGCAGACGAUGAGAACUCUGGGAAGCAGGAUGGGACGACAACUGACAGGAAGCAGGAGAGAUCUGAGUCAGAUUAUAAAGACCCCAAGGAGACAACAGCCGAGGCCCAGGAGAAUGUCCUGUACACCUCAAGCCAGGAGCCCAGUUACUUCGAGAUCCCCUCCUAUACCAAUGAACCCCCCUCCCAAGACACGGAAGGCGCCACCGCCACUAACCCCGCCUCCGGCCCUGAAGCCGUCCCCCAGGGCCACGCCUCCUUCACCAUCGACUUUGACCUGCAGGCGUCCAAUAAGGUGACGGUUAAGGACCGGGUGGCGAAGGUGGUGCCGGAGGUGAGGCCACGGCCCCCAAAAAAGGGCGCAGGAGAGGAGCUGAGCGCCCUGCAAACGGCCAUGGUGGCGGCGGAGGUGAAAGUAGCUGAUUGGCUGGCCCAGAACGAGAUCCCAUUGGCUCGUACGGAGUCGGUCGACAGAGUGGUGGAGGACGACGGGGAGAGCGUGAAGAGUGACGUGCCGGUUCAGCUGAAGAGUCUUAAAGGUAGUAAACACGAGGACGGUACCCAGAGCGACUCAGAGAACGCAGACGCUCUGGGAGAGCAACGCCGGGCCGCCCUCGAGGACCACUCCGGGGGGCUGUGGGGCGGCCGACUAGAGGGGUCAGGGGUCAAGAUACGAGAGGGGCGCGCCAACGUGCCAGAGGGACUCUUUGCCGAGGAAGAUAGCCCAGCCCGACGACACAGGUCCUCAGCUUCCAAAAUGGCACCCAUCGGAGGAGAGUUAAGAGAGAGAGAGAGGACCAAGGAUUCUGUUCCUUACCACCGCGACCAACACCAACCGAUAGGACUUGGGGAGGGGUUUCAGAAUCGCCAUGGAGACGACUAUAGUGACCGGGGGACCUAUACCAUAGAAAUAGAGAACGAAGAUAACCAAGAGGAGGAGGCCAGGAGAAUGAUUGACAAGGUGGGGAUGGUAUUUGGUGUGGAGGACUACCAGGCUCUAUCCAGGGUGGGGGGCUAUCCUGACAUCCAGAGAGAGAGACUGACCACUCAGAGACCAGGCUCAGGAGACAGAGGCAAGCCUGGACGUAUCGAACCAGAGUCUCUCCCAGAGGAGCUGGUUGUGGGUGGUCCCAGGUGGGUCUCCCAAUGGGCUACUCUGGCAGCCAGCCACAUCAGGACUGACCCCGAGGGCUCUGGAGCGGAGUCCCAUGUCCACUACCACACUGAGGACAGAGCUGAGAUCAGUGAGUCCAGUCACUCUGCCUCCAUGGCCUCCUCCAGCUAUACAGAGCGCAAGAGGAGAACCCUGCCCCAGCUCCCCUCCACCGAGGAGGCAACCCCAGGGGGGAGGAGAUCCCCUGGUCCAGCUCACCGCCCCUACGAUGUGGGGGAGAAACAGGACACUGAGCUCCAGGAGAAGGAGAACCAGGAGAUGGGGAGAGGAGGGAGGACCAAGCCUGGUGGUGGAGGUGGUGGGGGUAGCCAGGCUGGUAGUGUGGGUGGAAGCACCAGAGGAAGUCCGAAAAAAGGCUCUCCAGCGAAGAACCAAGAUGCGGGAAGCCGGAAAGAAACUGUGUUGGCGAAACUGCCUCCUCGGCCAGGGAGUAGUGGGGGGAAGAGACUGGAUGAGGCACGGAGGAGGAAGAAGGAGAUGGAGGAGAAGGCUAAAGAAAGGGAGAGUGCUGGGAAGCCGCUUCUUAGACAAGAGAGCUUUACGGUGGAGAGACCCAGCACCAACGUCCCCCAGGAGCUCAUCCCACGGAUUGACACGCAAACUGGGGCACGAAUACUGACAAAGGAGGGCAGGGUGGAUAGUACCACCCGGCAGAAGGACUCAGAGGUGGUGGCUGCGUUUCUGGAGACAACGGUAUCAGACCUGGGUGAACCAAUUAGCCAGUCCAUCGAUGGGUCUUUGUCGCCCGAGUCGGAUGUGGACACCACCAGCACCGUUAGCCAAGCAGCGGGCGUCGGAGGGCGGAAGGUGGUUCACCAGAAGAGACGUACCCUAACUGCCCAGCAGAAAGAGAGGGAGAAGACGGUGCUGUGUUCCUCCACCAAGGGGCCUACCAGAGCCAGAGAUACCCAGGAUAGGAAACCCAAAUCCAGACCGUCUGGAGGACAAGGGACCCGCCAAGCUGGUCGUGCCUGGACCUCCCUGGACCUAACAGAUGACGACGUCAACUCCAACUCCCUCCUCUCCGACUCCCAACCCUCCAUACAGGAGGUUAGCUCCCACAGUUCCCACGCCAGAACCCAGGCCGGAAGCACCAGAGUGGAGGCUAGCACCAAGGCUAGCCGGGCUAAAAACACCCAGGCAUCCAGCGCCACCACAAACACCCUCAGUAAACCUACCACCACCUUGCCCAAGGUGCGGCCCACCCGGUCCUCGAUACUCAGACGUGCCCGUUUGGGGGACUCCUCCGAUACCGAACCAGCCGACAUGGACCGGAUGUCCGUAGCCUCCGAGGCUAGCACUGCUAGCUCCAGGUCCGCAGCUCCCGGACCAGGGUUCCGGAGAGGCCUCUCCCGCAUUGAGGCCCUGGCCCAGCCCAGGAAGUCCAGGAUGGGAUCUCCGUCUGCCCAGAGUGACUCAGAGGCCACGGGGGGCCGUAGCCGGGGGAUAGGGGCUCGUAGCAUUGCUACCGACUACGCCGUCCGACAGGGACUCAGAGGAGUCAGCAACAUGGGAGGGAUAAUACCCAGGGCCAGGGCUAACAGCGCCUCCAAACUACCUGACAAGUCUAAGGGCUACAUCACCCCCACAGCUGGUGGCCGGUGGCGCCGGAUGCCCAUGGACUACGCCUCCACCUCUGAGGACGAGUUCGGCUCCAACCGCCACCCAUCCAAGCACGGCGGUCCCGCCCGGCAGUUUGCGUCGCCGCGACUGACCCAGCUGGGUGGCUCCGCCCCUGCCACGCCCAGUCCGGGGGGUAUAGCGGCUCUGAGACAGCAGUCAGCAGGCAGAGAACAGGAGGAGUACAUGAAGGACUGGACCACUCACAGUGAAGAGAUCGCCAGGAUCAGUCAGGACCUAGCCAAAGACCUGGCCAUGCUGGCAAGGGAGAUCCAUGACGUGGCCGGAGAGAUCGACUCAGUCAGCCCAGCCGCUAGUGCUGCCACUGACCCAGGAGCCAUGUUGGAGGAGCUAGUUUUUGACGAUGGCUUGGAUCUGAGGAGCGGCCCGUCAACAGAGAGCAUUCUGGGUAAUAACGUCCGCCCCGUGGAGCUCCGGCCACGCAACUCUAACAGACAGGGUCCCCGCGCCAUUCGCCGCCAGACCUGGAACAGAGAGGACGCGGUGUUGGACAGUUUACUAUUAGCGUCUGUGACCCAGCUCUCUGCACGGAUACGCCAUUCUGUGGACAAAACAGCCGGCAAAAUCAGGAUAUUAUUCAAAGAUAAGGACCGGAAAUGGGACGAGAUUGAGAAUAAACUCCAAGCCGAGCAUGACUCUCUACUCCUCAAGACUUCCAGCACGGAGAUCACCACCGUCCUCCAGGAUCUGAAGAGAGUGGAGAGACAGUUACUAGUGAUUGAUGUGAUGGUGGAUCCGGACGGCACCCUGGAUGCCUUGACCAGCCUGGGACUGACCAGCCCUCUGACCGACCUGCAGAGGGUCAGUCCUGGGGCAGUGGGGCCCUCCGCUGCGGGUCACCCCCCUGGAGGUAGUAGUGGAGAAGGCCCUUCUAGCAGCACCCUGUCGGCCCCAAGCGGUGGAGCCUCCUCGGGGGCCUCAGGCACCUCUACCCAGGUGGCAGAGAGAGACCUGGGACUCCAUGUGAAUAAUAAUCUGCCCUCUAGUGGUGGAGAACAGAACUGUGUGGUUCAUAAAUGAGGAGGAUACUGGAUCUAGAACACACUACUAAAGUACAACUACCUAAACACGUGCUUGGAGGGGCCCUGAUUGAGGCUCACUACUAGGGAGGAUGGUAAAAGACUUGGAGAGAUGGGAUUCCCACUGGGCACAGACGUCAAUUCAAUGUCUAUUCCACAUUGGUUCAACGUCAUUUCAUUGAAAAGACGUGGAAACUAUGUUGACUCAACUAGUGCACGCCCAGUGGGUUGAUAUGUCCUUCAAUGUCUGGACAAACCUCCUGAACAUCAGACCUGACCAAAAGAGAAGUAAAUAAACACUUUUUAAUCUUUGUCUAUGACAUACCAAUCCGUUUGUUCAUAUGAAUUUGAGCCAACCGUGAGCUUGUUCUGUAGCUAUAACAUGUGUACAGCAGGGUUGUGAAAGGAUUAUAUACUGUCAAUACAAUCUAUGUACCAGUACAUGUCCUACAGUCCGUUAUCAAUACUACUAUAUCCAUAUUCUUGAACCCGUUUGAAAAGUAUCAAGAAUUGUUUUGCGUUAUGAUCUGCUAACUGCACCUGUUGCUGGUUGAUUGAUGAUUUUUCAGAAGACAUUUGAUAUGAUUCCGUUUGUGUUCGACAGUGUUGCCGAUUGUGUAACACCGUGGAACUUUAAACACUAAAAACAAAUGGAUCUAUAUAGUGGCAAAUAAGGGUUCUUUGGCUUUGGUUCUUUAACCAUACUCAUAAGGUUCUAAAUGGAACCUGUAUGGUGCUAUGAAGAACCUUUUCCAUUAAAAAUGGUUAUAUAUAGAGCCAAAAAGGGUUCCGCUGUGGUUCCAACCCUUUUGGGGGCUAUAUAGAACCCUUUUUUUAUGGAGAAUGGUUCUGUAAAGAACCUUCUCAAUCUCAAAGGUUUUUUAAUUCAGAUUUAAUAGAUAUAUUAUAUUGUUAAAAUUCCAUAGGUUGUAUUAUUGUUGAAUCAGGUGUGCUAGCUCUGGAACAGCUGGGGGUUCCUGAGCAGAGAAUUGAGAACUACUUAGUCAACCGCUCUCAAUUGACACAAGGCCAUACGUGAGUUUGUCACUGGCUAUAGUCACAUAAUGUAUCGCAUGUAACAGCAUAACCCAACAGAUUAGAUCAACUGAAAUAACACUCUCACUCACGGUUGGACAAAAAGAGCUGUUAGCAAACCACACCCCAGAAUAUUCAAAUGAGCCGUUGACUGUUGCCUGAUCGACUGUCUGCUUUGUGGUUACAACCCUUUCGGGGGCUAUAUAGAAGCCAAAUUACAACAAACACUAAAUGGACACCAUGGUUCAGCAUUGGAGAAUAGAAUUCAGUGUCUUUCUGAAAAUAUUUUUCUGAAUAUCCUGCCAUUAUGCAUAGCAUAGCUCGGCAAAUAUUGUGAAUAUGAACAUAUAGCAUACUGUAUCUGUUAGCUGACUUGUAGCACUUGCAGCUUGGUGCGCUUGUUCUAAUAUUACGAUUUUUCCACUAAAGAGAGACCAAUAUUAUUCUUUAUUUAUUCAGAUAAAAAGACAUAGGGUAUGUACAGUGUUAUGUAUCCAUUUAAAUGUGUAUAAUAGGAUUAUAUUAUUAUAAUUCUCCCAUCCAUGCCUUCCCUUGUGGAGUGAUACAGUACGUCUUAAGAAUGAUGCAUCACAGAUAGCUGUACUGUAUGUUACUAAUAACUAACUGCUGUUGGCUAGGUGGUAAAGUAGCUUCCUGAAAAAUGUGUUCCCGAAAGUAGUCCCCAUAUCCAAGGGUGUUACGUCACAAAGUGCCCACGGUCGAAACCACGAGAGUGUUGGAUGAAACUAUAAGAUGGAAAUAGCCUGGGUGCCUCAUGUCUGGCAUGACAAUUGCGUAAGGAGUUGUAAAGAGUGCAGACGCAGACGGGCACGCAGGCUAGGAGAUGUAGCUCAGCUAACGUUUGUUGAUUUGCACAUGUUAAGGCUGAGGUGAUUCACCACAGAGUGGUGGUGAUAGUGAGGAUAUCUGUCGAUAGUAAGGAUACGUAACAUCUGUUGACCAAAACAGGUCUGGGUGUACUCCUUGUGGAUGCUGGGUUUCAUUGGAACUGGCUUUGAUUGAGAACUGUUUUUUUGAUUAUCCAUUAUGAUUGAGUCCACAGGAGGCUGGUGAGGGGAGGACGGCUCAUAAUAGUGACUGGAAUGAAGAGAAUGGAAUGGUAUCAAACACACGGAAACCAUGUGUUUGACGUGUCAAUACCAUUCCAUUCCAGCCAUUACUAUGAGCCCGUCCUCCCCAAUUAAGGCACCACCAGCCAUCUGUGAUUGAGUCAUGGAACACACACUAGUGUUCUGGUUAACGUACUUGAAGAAUGCUUAUGAAGUGAAGAGAUCUGAGUAAAAGUCAGCAUAGAAAGGGAUAGUCAGAGACCAGGAUCAUGUUCAGUCGGGGGAAAACUUUUUGAAAUGGAGUUAAGCGGGUAGGUAACCACUCAUUUUCAUUAUCCGUUGCAAAACAGUUUGCUACAGUGUACCCUACUGAACAUGACCAAGUGCUGAGAGAAACCAUGACAUGGACCAGGAAAUGAAAUGGACCCAGGAAGUAAAAUGGACCAGGAAGUAGCUCUAUAUACCCCAUAGAGCUAGAUAGAGGACACAACAUUGUAUCUGUCCCUUUAUGGCGUCUGUGAGAGCAUACAGCACCAUUGAGGACAUCUCCAUUUUGAAGUGGUUACUUUUCUUAUUCUACUACUAUGAGUUUUAAACAAACUGAAAGGGUGCACACUGCCACCUGGAGUGUGUUGUUUGAACAGGUAUAAAUCCAAGGUUUAUGAUUUACUGCCACCUGCAGUUAUGCAAUGUUUGUUCACAAGUGUAAUUCAUUGGCUGAUCCCUCCUGAUGAGCUGGUUUGAAUUAUGUGAUCCUUUCUUAACCCAUAAGAAGUCCCACCCAGUUCUACUUAAAAGUGGUGAAAGUCCUCAAUGGUGCUGCCUAUGCUAAAAUGGCUUUUAGGCACGAGAGUCCUCUAUCUACCUCUAUGAUAUACCCAUACUGUAUCUGGAUGUCCUGCCUCAUACCAAUGUUUACACAUGAAUGUAACCUGAUCAUAAAUGUUGAUGUUUCACAGCCAAAACAGCUUGAUUAUUAAUAAAGAAAAUAGCAUUUUGUGGCUCAUUAGUAAGGUCUUUAUUGUCUUUAUGUCAUUUCAAACCUUUUACAUGUUUCUGCUUGUAUAUUUUGUACGGAUAGGUUUUCUAAUUGUCAUGAUUUAUUUGUUAUCUUUGUAAGAUAAUGGUUACAUGAUUUUUGUUUGUCUACUUUUGACGGAUUUGAAUAAACUGCAUGACUAUCAUUGA